CCCAUCGCCCUUUUUCCUGCUCAGGCCUACGAGAGGGAGAUGCCUCCCCGGGUUCUGGUGAACAGCGCCGGCUACAAGAUCCUCACCUCGGUGGAGCAGUACCUGGAGCUGGUCAACAACAGCCUGCCUGGUGUGACCCCCAAAUCGGGGCAGUCUCCCAUCCUGAAGUGCCCCACGGAUUUCCCGCUGAUCCUGUGGCACCCCUAUGCCCGGCACUAUUAUUUCUGUGUGAUGACGGGCAAGGAGCAGGACAAGUGGMGGGCGGUGUUCCAGGACUGCGUGAGGCACUGCUGCCUGACGGAGCCGUGCUCACCUCUCUGCCCCUCCAGCAGCCUCUGCCCUGCAGCAGCUCCCUCUCACCCAGCUGAAGGGUCCCUGGGCAGAAACCGCUGCCAGGCUGCGGGGAAGGGUCCUGUCAGGGCAGGGGGAUGGCACAGCAGGUCCUGCAGGUGMGGGUUGGGGGUKCAGCUGGAGUCAGGGGGGUCUCUGAGCACCCCYCUGUGCCCCCAGGUGUCAGAUGCUGUCUACAGGAUGGUCUACGAGCUGGCCAAGGCACAGUACGACGCGGUGGUGGCCAGCUGUGAGCAGGAGAGGCCRCAGCUGGAGAGCACCAUCCGCACAGACAUGGACCAGGUCAUCACCUCCAAGGAGCACCUGGCCAGCAAGAUCCGGGCCUUUGUGCUGCCCAAGGCCGAGGUGUGUGUCCGUAACCACGUGCAGCCCUACAUCUCCUCCAUCCUGGAGGCCCUGAUGACCCCCACGAGCCAGGGCUUCGCUGAGGUGCGUGAGGUGUUCUUCAAGGAGGUGACCGACAUGAACAUGAAYGUGGUCAACGAGGGCGGCCUGGAGAAGCUGCCAGAGUACAUGGAGAAGCUGUCCCACCUGGCCUUCCACCCCGUGAAGAUGCAGUCGUGCUACGAGAAGAUGGACCAGCUCAAACUGGAGGGGCUGCAGCAGCGCUUCGAUGUCUCCAGCACGUCUGUCUUCAAGCAGAGGGCCCAGAUCCACAUGAGACAGCACCCUUGGUCCUUGGGGGUGCUGAGGGCUGCCCCAGAAGCAGCUUCCCCCCCGAAAGCAGGGCUGAGCAGCGGGUGGGACGCCAACCCCUGUGCCCAUCUCCCACCACCUCUGCCACCCCCACGGGGAGGGCUGGCCGAGGUGCCCCAGCCCUUUGGUGRCCACAGCCCCCGUGACCUGUCCCCCCUGUCCCCAGCCGUGAAGGAGGCGGCCGUGCAGCGGAAGCACAACCUGUACCGGGACAGCAUGGUGAUGCACAACAGCGAUCCCAACCUGCACCUGCUGGGCGAGGGCCCGGCCAUCGACUGGAGCGAGGAGUGCAGCGGGCAGCCCGAGGCCGAGCCGGCCGCCGACAGGCGCCGCAGGGCCAAGCAGGUGGUGUCGGUCAUCCAGGACGACGAGGGCGCGCUGCCCUACGGGGUGGCGGCCGAGGCGCUGCUGCAGCCCGGCUCUCCCGAGCCGCAGGAGCCGCAGCCCGGGGCGCCGCCGAGCCCCCUGGAUGCGGUGAGGGAGAUCCGGGAGGCGCUGGCGCAGGAGAGCCCCGAGGAUGGGGGGCAGCUGGUGAACGGCACGGACGGCGGCGGUGCCAGCGASGAGGGAGUGCUGCUGGCAGGGGCUGCCCGAGGGGGUGGCACUCAGCCGGGUCCGGCCCGUGACGGGGACGGGGUGCGCGGGGACACGCCAGCAUCGCCUGUGCCUGGAGCUGAGAUCCUGUCCGGGGCUGGGGGACAGCGUGGAACGCCAGCAUCGUCACCUGUCCCUGGAGCCGAGGUGCCAUCAGGGGCUGGGGGACAGCGUGGAACACCAGCAUCGCCUGUCUCUGGAGCUGAGGUGCCAUCAGGGGCUGGGGGACAGCGUGGMACGCCAGCAUUGUCACCUGUCCCCGGAGCYGAGGUCCCCUCGGGAGCUGGGAUGCGCCGGGCUGCACCGGCACCRCCCGUGCGUGCAUCAAAAGUUGGGAGACAACAUUCCACACCAGUGUCACCUGUCCCCGGAGCUGAGGUCCCGUCAGGGACUGGGAGACAACAUUCCACACCAGUGUCACCUGUCCCCGGAGCUGAGGUCCCGUCAGGGGCUGGGGAACAACACCGGGCACCAGUGUCACCCGUGCCCAGAGCCGAUGUCCCAUCAGGGGCCGAAUUGCCACAUGCCCCACCAAGGUCGUCCGCACCAGCAUCCCCCGUGUCCGGAGCCGAUGUCCCAGCAGGGGCUGGGGUGCCAGAAGCCCCACCAAGGUCAUCGGUUUUAGCCAGAGCCCAUGUCCCAGCAAGAGCCGAGGUGCCACACGUCACACCGACAUCACCCGUUGUGGCAUCCCCCGUGUCCGGAGCCCAUGUCCCAGCAGGAGCCGAAGUGCCACACGUCACACCGACGUCACCCGUUGUGGCAUCCCCCGGAGCCGAGGUGCCACAAACCAUCCCAAGAUCACCCGUGCCGGUGUCCCCCGUGCCCGGAGCAGUGUCCCCAUCAGUGUCCAGCGUGCCAGCCCCGCCCAGCCCCCGGGCCGAUGUCCCACCAGAGGCCGAGCUGUCCCAUGUCCCAGCAGCAUCACCCAGAGGCCGGAGCCCGUCGCCAGCGUGUCACCAGCUCGGUGACAGCGAGACGGGCGAGCACGGCUGGCGCGGCGCCCCGCAGCCCAGGGGCAGCACGGAGAGCGGCAUGGACGGGGUGCAGACUGAGUUCUAGCCCCAGCCGCCCGGCCGUGGACUGGCCCCGGUGUCCCYGGGGCUGGGGAGGGGGAGUAGGAGCCCGCGGGGAUGGAGAGCAGCACCACGGGAGAGGGAGGGGUGGGGACACCGAGACCUUACUGCCUAUGGGGACCCCGCUGCCCUGGGGGGCCGCAGCCGCAGAGCCCUCCCGGCUCGGAGCAGGGRUGGCCCAGCCCGGAACGGGGCGUCCCCUGCGCUCUGCUCUGUCCUUCUUCUGCCUUCUUUCCUUUUCUACUGAAGAGAUGCUUUACUGAGAGCUUUAUCCGCCCCCGCGCCAGUGCCUGGGGCUGCCGGCGGGGCUGGCACUGGCCCUGCUGAGGGUGGGUGUGUGGGGGACGCUCCUGGCUGUCCCCGGGGCUGUCCCCUGCCCCAGCCCGGGAGCCUGGCCACCGCCACCCCCGGCCGGCUCCGGGAGCGCCGCUGGGAGCGGGGGGUGCAGGGGAUGGAGGAAAACAGGGGGGAAGCAGGGGAACGGCAGGGGACAGCAGGGACACGGCAGGGGACAGAAAUGCUGGGGGGCUUGAGCCACUGCUGAGGGGGCAACAGCUGGGCCAGGCUGGGCUCAGCAGCCAGAUUGGGCUCACAGCACCCAGGCUGAGCUCACAGGAUCCAGGCUGGGCUCACAGGAUCCAGGCUGGGCUC